CUAGUUAUUUGAUAAAGCUCUCAGUCUCACCUCACCUUACCUCACCUAACCAGGUACAAGUUACAACCCGGUUCAACCAGCUUGGGAAAAUGUGUAUCCCCUCGGCGCCUCCAAAAAUCUCACCCACAACAACUCCUGCCACUAUCAAGGACAGCAAAAAAAAAAUUUGCCUCAAGUCUCGAUACUCAGCCCUCGAUAGUAUCGCCCGCAAAAAAGGAGAGGAAGGGCAAAAAUGAAAGCCUAGGCCGCUUUCACGCAGAUCUCAGACGCAGUCUCCGCUCCUCGUGUUGAUGUUGCAUCACCCACAGGCACCCCAGGACGAUGUCUGCUCCAACCGAGUUCAAGGAUUUCCAGCGUCUCCCUCUUGAAAUUCGGUGCAAGAUAUGGGAUGAAGUUCCGAUGCCGGAACGGAUCUUCCGUCUUGUCCUCAAAUCCCAGUCGACCGACGAGACUGGGAGAAUCCAAGAGACGGUGGCGGAAUGGACCGUCCAGCCAGCAGUACUCACCGUUCCCCCGAUGCUUCAUGCGACCUUCGAAUCCCGAUCCCGGCACAUUGCCCGAUACUGCGCCCUGCCACAUUCCGCCCAGACCGGCGGUUACCUCGUGAGAUUCACAUCGCCUUACGUGAAUUACGACACAGACACGUUCAUCACCUCGUCGCGCUCCCUGAUCGGGGAUGAGAUAUGGGGGCAAAUCCAAUCCAUUGAUACGUUGGAGAAAGCUUCCAGACGAGUGGCUCUCCCAGCCAUCUCUUUAAGCCGGAUUCGAACCGGUAUAACGAGAUUGCGGCAUCAGCUCGCCUCGGUGCAAAUCUCCCAACAGGCGCUGUCCGGCUUCUUCAUGGGGCCAAGCUCGGAAUCCCCGCAGGGUGGUGACAUGGACGCCAACACCGCCGCUGAGCAGGAGUUGGACCGGCUGAGCGUCAAGGUCCGCCACGCGCACAGAUACCACAAGCUUGUGGUUUGCCGGAUCAUUGCCGCUUUUUUCAUAAAAGAACGCCUCCAUGAGGUGUUUGGAUUCGGUCCUACGGUCGUGGACCGGGAGACGCGGACGAGUGCGGUGUUCUUGGGCCUCAACCACGCCCAGAUCCGACAUGUUGCUCUGCACGCCUCAGCACUGCCUGCCAUGAUUGCCGACAUGGAACUAAUACAGUCGAAAUACAUCAGACACCUCCCCAGCCUCAAGACGGUGGCCUUCCUGCUCCAGGAUCGGGCAAGGGAGGAGAGAAAGGUGUGGGACGCGGAGAUGGAGGACUUUGAGGUUCAUCAGGGCUUCCCGGAGGGGUAUGAUCUGGAUGGUGGUAUGACCAAUAAUGAUCUUGUUUAUAUGGCGACGUAUGCUCGCCAUCGGUGGGGUAUGGGAUUCAAGUACCUGACUGUCAAUGAGAAGGCCAGAGUUGGGUGAACUCUUGGAGCUGAUCGGCUUGGUCCUUGGCACUCUGUCUGCUUUGCCCUGUGGAUGUGGGCUUUCUGGGAUGGGGAAGGGGACAAGGAACUUCUCAAGAGCUGGAAGAAACGGCUGCGUUUUGGGAUGGGAACAUGCUUCUGGGAUCGACACUCAUAACUGUGCCCCAGUCUUGCUUCGGUCACUGGUUCUUGAGUCGAUACACAAUUAGGAAAUCAUCACCAAGGCGCCACCGCAGAGGUGAG